AUGGUUGGUUUUUAUUCCCUCUCUUUUGAUUUUUUGUGGAGAGGAGAAGAGAACGCUCUUUGCUUUUCUCUCUGUAUCAGAACAAACGGAAGGAGGAAGACGAGGAAGACGAGGAAGAAGAGAGAGUUUCCGGUUUUCAGGAAGGAGGAAAGCGAAUCGUUUUGGUGGUUUGAGGGCUGACGAGGGGAUUUUGGGUCAAGGGAUGAGAAUUACGGCGGGAGGGAGUUGCUAGAGGUUGUGGUGGUGGUGGUGGUGAUGGAGGAGGAUGACUUCUGAAUGGAAUUCGUUUGAUGCGAUGUCUAGAGCUUCGGUUGUGACUGAAGGAAUCUCGUCUCUGUCGCCGUCGUUGAAUCAGGAUGCUAUGUGGCAAAUGAAUUUGAGAUCAAAUGAAGCAAUGGAACCUGGGCCCUACCCUGAGCGUCCUGGGGAACCAGAUUGUUCGUUUUACAUCAGGACUGGCUUUUGUAGAUUUGGGGCAACAUGUCGUUUUAAUCAUCCUCCUAAUAGGAAGCUGGCAAUUGCAGCUGCAAGGAUGAAAGGAGAGUUCCCAGAAAGAAUAGGACAACCUGAAUGUCAGUACUACCUGAAGACAGGAACUUGCAAGUUUGGUGCUACAUGCAAGUUCCAUCAUCCUAAAGACAAGGCUGGGAUAGCUGGCAGAGUUCCUUUAAAUGUUUUCGGCUACCCACUUCGCCCAAAUGAGACUGAGUGUGCUUACUAUUUAAGAACUGGACAAUGUAAGUUUGGAAGCACUUGUAAAUUCCAUCACCCUCAGCCAGCUAAUAUGAUGGUUUCAUUGCGUGGCUCUCCCGUUUAUCCAACCAUCCAAUCACCAACUACUCCUGGUCAGCAGUCAUACCCAGGAGGGAUUACAAACUGGUCAAGAGCAUCUUUUAUUCCUAGCCCAAGUCCUUCCAGUUAUGCACCUUUGAUUUUACCUCAAGGGAUGCUAUCACUUCAGGGCUGGAAUGCAUACAGUGGUCAAUUGGCAUCAGCUUCCUCUUCAGAGAACCUGCAGCAAGCUGCUGGAAACAAUCAAUUAUAUGGAACCCCACGCCACAAUGAAUCAGUGGCUGCUGGCUCCCCAGGGUCAUAUUCUCAAUACCGUUCUGGAUCUGUCCCUGUUGGGUUUUAUGCCUUGCAGAGGGAGAAUAUAUUUCCUGAGAGACCUGGUCAGCCGGACUGCCAAUUUUACAUGAAGACUGGAGAUUGUAAGUUUGGUGUGGUUUGUAGGUUUCAUCAUCCAAGAGAGAGAAUUCCUCCUCCUCCAGACUGCAUCUUGAGUCCUAUAGGUCUCCCUCUGCGUGAGGGGGAACCUGUGUGCAUUUUCUAUUCUCGAUAUGGUAUCUGCAAAUUUGGUCCUAGUUGCAAGUUUCACCACCCUAUGGGAAUUUUUACAUACAAUUACUCUCCAUCAUCUCCAACCGAUACCCCUGUUAGGCGUUUCUUGGCGUCAUCUUCAGGGAAUACAGGAUUAAAUUUAUCAUCAGAGGGGCUUGAAGCCAGCUCUGCAAAGCCCAGGCGGUUAUCAUUGUCAGAACCUAGACAAAUGUCUCCUGGUGAUGAUGACAUUGACACAGAGGGAUAAACACUGCAACAAAUUUUCAAUCUUUUGGAGGAAGAGUAAUCUAUAACUGCAUUUCUAGUUGUUGGAAAUGUAGAGUUCAUGUUAAUUCCAGUUGAUUCUGUUCUCUUAAAUUCAAUUCGGUCAUCAGAUGAAUCCUCUGAUUUUCUUUGCUGCAUUGUAUAAAAUCUGAAAAUAUUGUCACAUUUGGUAAAUCCUAAUGUCAACAGUGCAUUUGUCCCACUGCUGUGUUUUCUCUCUUUCUCUCUCUCUCUCUUUUUCUUCUGAUUUUUGUGGUGUCUUUGUCUCUGUAUAAGGUAUAAAAUUUCUUGUGCAGU